AUGCAUCAUGACACCGUAGCAGCUUCGGGGCAGGCCUCCGUCUUAGCCUUCUUUCCAUCUAUUGCUUAUCUGGAGGAGGAGAUGCUUACCUUGCCUCUCUUUCUUGACCACAAAUCCCGGCGUGCCUAUGGUCGCCACUACCCUUGCGCUUCACACUCUCACGUGCCACGCCCCACCUCCGCGGGACCUACAAACCAUCGAGGGCGGCGCCUACGGCGGCCGGCAGAGGGCAGCGGUUGGCAGUUAACGGCCGUUGGCCGAGGGGGCGGGGAAGCCGGGGCAGGGGCGGGGCCCGGGCCGGGCCGGGCCGAGAGGUGCCUGUGCCGCGGCGCGGCUGGGCGCUCCGUGGCAGUGGGUGAGGUUGAGCCCAAGGAGAUGGGGGACCGAGGUGGCGCGAGCGGCUCUCGGCGUCGGAGGACCGGCCCGCGGACAGCAAGCGGGGGCAGCGGCGGUGGCGGGAGCUCGGGAAGUCAGCCCGAGGACGAGCUACGGGCGGCGGCGGCGGGAGCGGGAGCAGACGCAGGCGGAGGCGGGGAUGCCCGGACCCCGGACGCUGCUCCUGCGCUCACCCGGACCCCCGCCGGAGAAGGAGAUGGAGAGGGUGUAGAACACUCAGACUUGAGGUGCCACCGGGUACAGGAAUCUUUGUUCAGCUCCGCUAGUGGAUUCAGCAACUACAGAGGUAUCCUCAAUUGGUGUGUGGUGAUGCUGAUCUUGAGCAAUGCUAGAUUAUUUUUGGAAAACAUCAUCAAGUACGGCAUUCUAGUGGACCCAAUCCAGGUGGUGUCGUUGUUCCUGAAGGACCCCUACAGCUGGCCCUCCUUGUGCCUCAUUAUAGUAACCAAUGGGUUUGCAUUAGCUGCUUUCCAAGUAGAGAAGUGUCUGGCUAAGGGUACCAUAACAGAGCGAGUAGGGCUGCUUCUACACAUGGCCAACCUGAUCACUAUGCUCUGCUUUCCUGCAGCUGUGGUGCUUAUGGUCAAAUCUAUCACACCAGUGGGCUCAGUGUUGGCUCUGGGUUUCUAUACAGUUCUCUUCCUCAAGAUGGUCUCCUACUAUCAAGUCAACCUGUGGUGCAGGGAGUACAAGGCCAAGAAACAAGCAGCCUCAGAAACCAGAAAAGCCAAUGGGGAUGUGGUAUCUGGUGGGGUGAAGUACCCUGCCAAUUUGACCUACCAAGAUCUGUACUACUUCCUAUUUGCCCCCACUCUGUGUUAUGAGCUCAACUUUCCUCGAUCCCCCCGGAUUCGGAAACGUUUCCUGUUACGAAGGCUCUUUGAGAUGCUCUUCUUCACUCAGCUUCUGGUGGGACUUAUCCAGCAGUGGAUGGUCCCCACCAUUCAGAACUCCAUGAAACCAUUCAGGGACAUGGACUAUUCCCGUAUCAUCGAGCGGCUUUUAAAGUUGGCAGUGCCCAAUCACUUCAUAUGGCUCAUUUUUUUCUAUUGGUUCUUCCACUCCUGCCUCAAUGCUUUGGCUGAACUCAUGCAGUUUGGUGACCGAGAGUUCUAUAGAGACUGGUGGAACUCAGAGUCGGUCACCUACUUCUGGCAGAAUUGGAAUAUUCCUGUCCACAAAUGGUGCCUCAGACACUUCUAUAAGCCAGCGCUGAGGAUGGGAGUCAGUAAGUGGAUGGCUAAGACUGGUGUAUUCCUAGCUUCAGCCUUUUUUCAUGAGUACCUCGUGAGUGUCCCCCUCAGGAUGUUCCGGCUCUGGUCCUUCACUGGCAUGAUGGCACAGAUCCCUCUGGCCUGGAUCGUGGGCCGAUUCCUUCAGGGCAACUAUGGCAAUGCAGCAGUGUGGUUGUCUUUGAUCAUCGGGCAGCCUGUGGCUGUGCUUAUGUAUGUCCAUGACUACUACGUGCUCAACUAUGAGGCCCAGAUGAUUUCCUAAGCCCCAGACACAGGCCUUGUGUUGGGGAAACCAGGCUUCUGCUCCAGGAACAUUAAGGGACAGGACACUGCUCCUACAGCUGUGUUGCAGCUAUCUCCAUGGCACUUUAUGAAAGACUUGUCCUUUCCCUGAGGGCUUUGAUUCUACUGGUUCUAUCCUUAUGGAAUGGGGGUACAAAAGUUCUUUCAUCCCUCUUGGGCUUGUCCCCUUGGAGUCCCUAUCCUCUCUCCUCUACUCCUAGUUCAUCUCUACGAAGGGAGGAAAAGCUGUCCUGUUCCUAUGGGAUUUGUCACCAAUAGCCACUAUCUCUGUCCCUAGGGCCCCAUGUGAAGGUGACAUUGGCCCUAUGGGUUUGGUUUCCUCUGACUCCUCUCCCCUUUUGGUAUGAAGGUAUUAUCCCCCUCCCCCCCCCCAGGAUUUCUGCCCUCCCCUCCCCUUCCUUUCCCCACUGACCUCAGAAUGUGUGGGCCAUGGAUGGCUCUCUCCAAAGGCCAAGGAGGAGGAAUGGGGAUCCUCUUCCCAGGACUGGUCCUGAUAGUGACUUUUUAAUGAUUCUGCCCAUGUGACCAAGUCUGUCAUUAAAGCAAUGUCCAAAGUGACCCCAGCUUCAUUGAAUCUUCAAUGAAGACAAAAGGUGGGGAAGGAGCUGGAGACAAAUGUAUAUGGGGUGAUGUUCAGUAGAAAAGCAAUAAGACAGUGGGGGGUGGGGAGUGUUGGAUAUGUGGUCUUACUCUCUUACUUUCCUCCACCUUUACGAGGGUCCUUCCCACUCAAGCUAUAUGGUGCUGAUUUCCCCUGCUUUCAUGCCAGGCUAACAUAGGUUAAUCAGUGGGGAAAAGCAGUGAGCACUAAAGAACUAAUCUGACUUCUUCAAGAAAAAGUUAUUUCCUUCUUUUUGACUGGGGUAUUGACUGAUCAGGAAAAUACUAUAAAGAUGGUGGAUAUGACAGUCUCUGGUACUAUUUUUACAUUAAAAAUGGCGGGCUAACUGAUUAUAUAUACAGUCAGAUUUGAAAGUGGUUGAACUGAUUCAGAAUAGUAAUUAAUGAGUAGACAUCAAUGAAAGAAGGGGAAAGAGAGAAAGGACAGAGUUCUUUCUGUGGAGCUCCCCAGGGAUCUGGCCUCUCCUCUUAUCAGUGAUCAGGAUAAAAACCUUAGGUGGCAUGCUGAUCAAACUUCCAGAUGAUGGGGUAGCUGGGAAGGAGAGCAAACAACUUGGAUCACAGGAUCUAAAAAAGAUCUAAUAAUAGAACAAUGGGUUCUAUCUAAUAAGGAAUUAAGUUGGCAUGAAAUUAACAUCUUGUAUUUGGGUUAAAACAACUGUACAAAUGAUAGGACUAGUUUAGCAGUUUAUGUGAAAAAGAUCUGGGAUUUAUGAGAACAUAAUGAAAUAAGAUUUCUGUAGAAUAUGAGUGAGCCAUAUAACAUAAUAAAAAAGCUAACUCAAUUUUAGACUGCAUUAAUACUAAAUUGGGUCAAGAACAAGAGAGGUGGUGGUUCCAGUGUUUUCUACAUCUGGAUUAUGGUAUUCCAUUUAAAGACAUUAAAUUGUAGGAAGUGUUUGCAUAGGAGAGUGACCAGAGUGAGGAGAGUGACCAGAGUGAAGAAGAGAUAUCCUUAUAAAGAUUGGUUCAAGUCCCUGGUGGUGGAGGAGGGGAGUUAUGGUGAAUGAGUUCAGGGCUGACAUUCAGAAGAGGGAGUUUAUUGUUGAUUGGCUCCAGAGGGCAGAACUAAGAUGAAUAGAUGGAUGGAAGUGUCACAAGGACAAAUUUCCCAACUGUAUGAGCUACUCACAUGUAGAAUGGAUGGCCUCUAAGUUAAGGGCUGCUACCACUUAUUUUACAUAUAUAUAUGUUAUACACACACUCACACACUCUUAUAUAUGCUGAUUUUAUAGGUAUGUUAUAGCCUCAAAAUAUGAUCUCCUAUUAGCCUGACUCAACAUCCCAGAAUCUCAAAACUAGAAGGGUCCUUGGUACCUGAACACUGCAUAAGCUCACUAACUUCUAGCUUCCAUUCAGAGAAGAGGGAACCAUUACCUACCCAAGGUAGAUCAUUCCAGAUUAUUAGGAAGUUUUCUCUUAAGUGAGCUCAAAUCAUUGUACAACUUCCAGGAUGGCUUCACAACCAGUUGUAUUUACCUGUAUUUCUCCUGUGCCAUAUGAUAUUUCCCUAGAUUCUUCCACCCCAUCAUGGCCUAGAAAAUGAAACAGAAAAUCCUGACUUUUAUAAAAUACUCCCAGAUAGAGCCAUGAUCUGGUGUAAUUCCUGCAGGCAGUUGGAGGAAGGGAAGAGGAUGAGGGUCUCUAACUUGCCUGGCUCUCAGGGUGCCCUAAUCUUAGUCCUUAAGGAGAAAGGAAAAAAAUGGCACCACUGACUAGAGAUGAUACUGCUGAAUUGUAUUUUCAGAGGUAGAAACUUUCCCCCCAGUUCGGGGAAGGAAAUUGCACAAGGUUAGGGGCAGAGCUAAGAGUAGAACCUUCCUCUAGAGGACCUACACAGAAAGAUUCAUCCAUUGGAGUUCCUAGGCAGUUGAACAAAAAAUCUGGAGCCUCAGGAUUCUAAAGUUUCUGGAAUCAUGGCAAUGUCUGGAGACACGGAUUUAUAGAGAGUAGAGAGCAUAUAGAGGAGACAAAGAUCCCAACCUGAAGGCUGACAAAGAUUUUUCUAAAGAAGCUGUGCUUCCAGGACUCAGAGAUUUGGACACAAGUACUGACUCUAUGUGCAUUUUUGCUACCUUUGGGUGUGUUUCAUGGCCUGCUAUUUGAGCCUGAGGCUAAGAUCAGUUCAGCCAUGCACCAAGGAUUUAUUGAUCAAGAUGUCUUGCCUAGCCAGAACUCUGUCGCCUCUCUCGUCCCUUCUAACCUCCGUUUUUCAGAAUGUAGAGUGCCAUGCUAUGACUUGUCAGGUGGAAGAAGGAUUAGAUUUAUUCUUUUUGAUUUAAGGGCAGAAUUAGGAGGAAUUAGGGAAGAAUGAAGGAAGUACAAAUUUAGGCUUGAAGGGAAAAAAAUCCUAACUUGUUUAGUUAGUUGUGUCUGACUUUUCCUGGUCCUUUUUGGGUUUCCUUGGCAAAGAUACUGGAGUAGUUCUCCAUUUUCUUUUCCAUCUCAUUUUGCAGAUGAGGAAACUGAGGCAAAAGCAAGUGAUUUACCCAGGGUCACCCAGAUAAAAAGUUUUUGAGGCCAGAUUUGAACAUGGGACCUCCCAACUCCAGGGCUAGCAUUCUGUCUACUGUGUCACCUAGCUACCCAAACAUGGAUUGCCUGUAGAAUUAGUGGCAACUGACAUUUAUGUAGGGCCUGUAGAUUAAAAAUUACAUGUGUGAUAUUUGUAUGUUGGGGUGGACUAGCUGGAAGCAGCUAUACUCUUUCUGAGGUGGCCACCAGAGGGCACUCUCCUUGAACUAUACCUUCCCUUGUCUUAGUUGUGCAAGAUUCUUAGACUUCCUGUAGGCUGUACCCUUCCUUAGUGGGACUGCUCUGCAGUCCAUUCCACUGGCUGGCAGCCAACUUCUUUUUGCAUGUGCCCAUGCUGCAGCUUCUUGAGGUAACAUCUAGGGAUAAUUAAUAAAUAAUUAAUUACUGUAAUUCUCUUGGAUCUGCUCUUGUACUUUGUGAUAGUGAUCUUUCAACUUCUCUGCCUUCUGUACCCACAUGAUUCAGACACAUGGCAUAGUGAAAUGAAGAGGAACAGGAAAACACGAUUCCAUUCCACUGAGAUAGCUGUUGUCCUCUCUUUCCCUACCUUCUACCCUUCUUCAGUUUGGGGAGGCCUAACCGUCUAAAAUUACCCUCCAUCUAUGCUGGAGAUAUCUCAUAGGUACUUGUGUGCAUGUCGUCUCCCUCACUACACUGUAGGACCUGGACUUUUUAUGCCUUCCUUUCUCUCUCAAGCACUUAGCACUGUCUGGCAUAUAAAUGCUUAUUGGGGUGACUCCCUAGAAAGGACAUUUAUACCUGCCCAUAGUCAACUGGGCUAGGAGAGGAACUUGUAAUAUUCUUCAGUGACAAAUUAAGGUAGAGAUUCAAAAAUUUCAGACUCAUCAAAUCUCAUCACUAAAUGAAAGUCAUUGUAGUUCAAGAUCUGUCCCAAAUCCCAUUAAAAAAAGUUUUUUUUUAAACUCUUCUGUUUUAGGAUUAAUUCUAAGAUAGAAGAGUGGAGAGAGCUAGGCAAUCAGGGUUAAGUGACUUGCCCCUGGUCACGUAGGAAACAUCUGAGGCUAGAUUUGAACCCAGGUCCUCCCAACUUCAGGCCUAGCACUCAGUCUAUUGUGCUACCUAGCUGCCCCCCUGCCACAUCCUCUUGAGAUAAUAAAAUUGUGUAACCUGAUUGGGGACCUAUGUUCCUUCUGUGUGACUUCCCUACAUUCUGACUAUAGGUGUUACCCAAAGUUCUGCCUUGAGCCCUUUUCUCUUUCAGUGACUUUAUCAGCUCCCUUGGGUUUAAUUAUCUCUAUGCAGAUGACUCAGAUUUGCUUCCACUGAACUUCAGUCCCACAUCACCAGUUGCCCAUUGGAUAUUUCAAACUGGAUUUCCUAGGGACAUCUCAAUUUCAACAUGCCCACAACAUUAUCUCUUCCCCCCUUCUCCAAACUUUCUUUCUUCUCUAGAAGGUACCACUAUACUUCCAGUCUCUGCAGUUCAUAACCCUGGCAUUAUCCUCAACUCUUCAUACUACCUUAUUUCACACUAAUCAGUUGGCAAAUCCUACCGUUUCUCUCUCUACAUUGUCUCUUAUGACUAACUCCGCUCUUUUCAUAUUAGCUACUGCCUUAGUUCAGAUUCUUGGCACCUCUCAUUUGGAUUAUUGCGAUAGCCUAAUAUCCCUAUGGCCAAUCUCUACAUGCUGCUGCCUGCCAAAGGGUUUUUUUUAAUACUCUCAAGGCUUGACUACGUAGCUCCCUUACUCAACACAGUGGCUUUCUGUUGUCUUGAGCACAAAAUAUUUUUUGUUUAGCUGUUAAACCCUUCUCAACCUGGCUCUAACUUACAUUUACAGCUUCACUCAACAUUUUUCCUUUCCUGCAUUGUGACCCAGCCAAACUGACCUCUCUGUUCUCACAAAAGAUAUUGCAUCUCAGAGAUAUCAGUGCCUUUGCACUGACUUUCAGGCUGAAAGUCCUUCCUUCCUCACUUCUGCCUCAAUCUCUUUAAGAUCCAGUCCAAGAACCACUUUUAUAUGAAGCUUUUCUGAUUCCACCAGUUGCUAGUAAGCACCUUUUCUCCCUCUCUAAAUUACCUUGUGAGUUAUGUAUUUGUAUUUUCUUUAUCCUGUAUAUAUUUGUCCAUGUAUUUUUCUCUCCCAUUAGAAUGUUAGCUCCUGGUGAGCAGACAUUGUUUCAUUAUGCAUACAUCUUGUGUCUUAACACAGAGCCUGCUUCUUAUUAGUAGGUACUUAAGAAAUUCUUGUUGAUUGGUUGAGAGUUAAAUUAUUCCAAACCUUCCCUUUGCCUCUACCACCUUUCCUUAUUUUGCUAUCUGAUCUUGUUUUCUUCUUUACUAUAAAAAAUCUGCCCUCCAUUCCUCCUUUUUCUCCAGUCUGAGGAAGAGGUAGACCCUUCUCCUUGACAGACUACCCCUCUACCUGUGUUUCCCUUCAUUAUCUCCUGUAGGUGUCUGCCACAGCAGUUAUCCCAUUCCUUUCAUCUUCCCUCCCUCCUUUGCUCAGGUGUUCCUCAUUCUUUUUUUAACCCUUACCUUCCAUCUUAGAAUUAAUACCUUAUUAAUUAUUAUUAAUUCCAAGGCAGAAGAGCAGUAAAGGCUGACAAUUUGGCUUAAAUAAUUUGCCCAGGGUCACACAGCAUCUGAGAUCAGAUUUGAACCCAGGUCCUCCUGCCUCCAGGCCUGGUUCUUUAUCAACUGAGUCACCUAGUUGAUCCUCUAUAUUCCUUUUUAUUUUUUUUUCAUUGAAAUGCAGUUAUCAGUAUAUUUUAAAAAUCACACAAGAAUUAUUUCCACAUAGGGGUCUGGCAGGAAAAUAGUCUUUGUACAGGUUUAUAGUCUAUCAAAAACUGAUCAUAUAUGGAAGGAAUGAAAUAAACAGUACGCCAGGAAUUGUCCUAUAUGUCUUGUAUAUACCUAUUUUUGUGCAUUUUGUCUCUUUCAUUAGAAUGUAAGGUCCUUGAAGAAAGGGACCCUUUCUUUUUAUUCCCUUCAUCUCCAUUGCCUAGCACAGAAGUGUUUAAUAAAUACUCACUAAAUUCUCAGCUCCUUAUGAUCAGGUUUCUUAUCCAACCAUUCAGCUGAAAUGCCCCCUCCCCCCCAUUUCCAAAAAUCUUUUCACUGUUAAAUCCAGUGGUGUUUCCUUGACCAUUCUGCAGCUUUUAACAGUGUUGAUUUUUCCUCCUUUUGCCCUGAAAACUCUCUCCUCCCUUGACUUGUGGGCACUACUCUUUCCUGAUUUUCUUCCUUUAUCUGAGUGGUAUUUUUCAGUCUCCUCUGAUUUGCCAUCCAUAUCCUGUACACAUAACAGGUGUGUCCCUCAAGACCUGAAUUCUUUUCUCUCUCCAUUCUCUUUGUGUUGUCUUCUACUCCCACAGGUUAGAUUGUCUUAUCUUUACAGAUGAUUCCUAAAUCUCUAUAUCCAGCCUUAAUCUCUCCCCAGUGCACUAGUCCCAUAUCAAGUAUCUAGUUGAAUAAAAGCAUAUUGGCAUGCUUAUAUUUGCAGAUGAUGCAAAUCAGGGAGGAAUAGCUAACAUUAAAGAAAGUAUUAAAGAGGUCUUGAAAGGCUAGGACACUAGGCCAAAUUUGAUUAGAUAAAAGUUAAUAGAAUAAAUAUAAGGUUUUGCAGAACUGGGAGGAAAGGGGAAUAGUUGAAAAGCAACAAAUUGGGGCAGCUGGAUGGCUCAGUAGAUAAGAGGGCCAGGCCUGGAGACAGGAGGUCCUGGGUUCAAAUAUGACCUCAGAUACUUCCUAGCUAUGUGACCCUGGGCAAGUCACUUAACCUCCAUUGUCUAGCCCCUUUCUGCUCUUCUACUUUGGAACCAAUACAUACUAUCGUGUCUAAGACAAAAGGUAAAGAGUCAAACUUAGGUUUGUUGUUGGGAAAUGCUUCUUUAUAAUUAGCAUCUUCUUAUUGUCAAUGAGUACAAGUAACCCGACCCAGACAAACUACUACACCAUAGGGUGCUAAAAUAUUAGGUUAAUCAAUCAUUAUGUCAGGCCCUGGGCAUAAGAGUUGUGAUUGCUAAACUUUGUCAGUGAAAGAUCUUUGGAAGGAGUGCUACAGGAGAGGGAUCAGGUCUGUUCCAGAUUAAAAUGUAACUGGGAAACAGUUAACAAAAUCAAAAUACAGUAGAACAUAGAUAAUACUCAUUUGUGGUUUUCUAAGUCAGUCUGCAGCAGCCAGCAAGGAUCCUCUUCCUUCUGCUGCCUUGCGCUUCAGGACAAGAGAGGCUGAAUAUCCCAAUUUCAAGCAAAGCAGAACCGAAGAGGUGGAAUCUUCAAAUUCUAUAGAGCAGCAACUUGGAGAAUUCCUGGGGAGUAUCCUGAAAUUCUAUACCGACCACACCAUUAAGAGGCUAGUUUGUGAGCAUUUAUAAAGGGAAGCAUUUAGCAGAAGGUACUAGAAGCUGGUCUAACUUCAUCAAGUGCAGCUCAUACCGGGGUAACCUGUGGGAAUUUCCCAGCCUCGGUCCCUGUGAGUCUAUGGAGAGUCACGCCCGCCAUCAGCUCGACAAGACUAGGAGGCAAAUAAAAUGAGAAGCCAAACAGAAAGGAAAAGAAAUUUAUUAGUCUGCUAAGGGAGCUUGCUCCAGCUGGUAGCAGCUUCAACUGCUUAGAAUGUGGGUUGGAUUCUUAUAGCUUCUUGGGCUCUCUCUGUAUACAGCCAACCAACAGCAUUGAGUAGUAGCAAAGAAAUCAGGGAGAGUGAAGGAAAACCCUGGAGCCACAGGAAUCAGUAAAGACCAGGUCUGUUCUCUGUCGUAGUUUGUAGGACUGUAGAGACCUCCUUCAAGUUGGAAUGGGCCUUAUUCAUCUCGUUGCUAAUGAGCAGUGGAAUAAAGCACAGCCUGAGAUUCGUCUCUAUUGACCCAGCCCCACGUUUCCUUAGUCUUGGAGGUUUCUUUAUGGGGGAGAAAGUUUCUCCCAAACUCCCAGUAUUCCUUUUCCUAGUUGGGCAGAUUAGAGGAGGGAUGUAGCCAGUUUCCAUGGACCUUUUGACAAGGUUUUUCAUGCUGUAUUUAUGUAUAGGAUGGAAAGCUAGAGGUUAGAUCACAGAUGCCCCCCACCCCAAUUUUUUUUGUUUUUAGGACCCCUUCUAUACUACUGAGGGUGCUCUUUCCUCUCUCUCCCUCCCUCUUCUUCUUUGUCUCUCCAGCCACCCCUCCUUUCCUCUUCUCUCUCUCUCUCUCUCUCAUACACACAUGCAAACACAGCUUUUGUUUAGGUAUUCUAUCCAGGAGUGUGCUGUAGUCAGCUUAAACCAGCUUGGAUUGAGAGAGCUGAUUGUUAAAUUUUUGGUGUGAGCAUUUAUACCUCAGAAAAUGCUACAGAUUAGGACUUGAAUUAUUUUGUUGAUUGUCUAGGCUUAAGAAAAUAAUGGUGAGAAUGCAUAUUAAACUUAAAAAGUGUAUAGUGCAUUUUUUCCCUGAGAGGUGGUUGUUAAACACCAGCACAUCUGGUAAUAACUAUUGAUAUUUACUUAGAAGUUAAAAUGUCAUAGAAUUAUAAAAAUAGUUUUGAUCUUGUGGACCCCAUGAAAGGGUCUGAGGCUCCCUUUCCCCCGAGGAUUCCCAGACCACACUUUGAGAACCAUUGGCUUAUAAGAUAGGAAACUUGAAUGACCAGAUCCAAAGAGAAAUUAUUAAUGGGUUGAUGCCAUUUUGGAGGGUUGUCUUCAGUGGUGUGCCCCAGGGGUCUGCCCUUGACUCUGUGCCAUUUGACAUCUAUCAGUGACUCGGAUGAAUACAUAGCAUACAUGUCAAAUUUGCAGAUGACAUGAAGCUUGAAGAGAUAACUAAGACACAGUCCAGGUCAAAACCCAUCUCAACAGACUAAAAUGAUGGAACAGAUCGAGUAAGGAGAUGUAUGAGGGUCAAAUGUAAAGUUUUACCCAGGCUAAAACAAUCAACUUCCCAAAUUACAGGAUGGGAAAGGUAUUUAGUAGAUCACGAGCUCAAUGAGGUCAGCAGUGGGACAAGGUAGCCAGAAGAGGGCACAGUGUUUUGUUAAGCUGCAUUAGAAGAGGGCUGCUGUCCAGAAGGAGACAAUAUUUCUGCUCUACCUGGGCCUUGUUAGAACACAUGAGCAAAGGGAUUCACAUUUUAUCAGAAAGGUGAUCAGGAUUUUUGCCAUGCCAGUGAAAAUGCUGACAGCCAGCCAAUUUGUCCUCCCAAUUUAAAUAACACUCCUGAGAUUUACUGGAUGGAGUGGGAAUGGAAAUGGCCACAUGGAGGAGGGGGAAUGGGUUUGUCCCUAGCUUCAGAAGAAGGCAGUGAAAGGUGAGGAUCCUUAGCUACUUGUACCUUGGGGUUGGGAAGAGGUGAGUACGCUCACUCUAAGCCAGUUGGGAGUAAGAACUCUGGAGACUCCUUGGGUGAGGGAGAUUUUUUAAAAAUCUGCAGUACUCUUAAUAAAUGUGCACUUUUCAGUGGCAUUCAGGCAAAGUGGUGAGGCAUAUAAAAAGAUAGCUCUAAGAACAGCUGGUGAGGGGCCGGGGAUCUUCCCUGGGCAGUCUGACCAGAUCAGAUGAAAGAAUUAUGCAAAGCACUUGGCAAACCUUAACAAAGAUGAGUUAUUAUUAUUGCAAGUAUGAGUUAUUAUUAUUGCAAAUAUUAUUAUUAUAAAAGAGUAGUAACUAUUACCCUCCCCAAGGCAGACUGCCUGGGGGAAUUAACUCUAACAUAGCCCUCCAAACAUGCUCCAGUUGGCCUUUUCUAGAACAGGCAAGGGGUACAGAGUCCUAGCCAACAGGACUGACCUUGCUCUCUUUCAGAAAAGCUUUCAAGUAGCAACAGGGGUCCUUGGAGUGUGACUCUUAGGAAAACUGACUAGAGAGUCGGAGGGGAUACAAUGGAGGCAAGAGACUGAGAAUGGCUUUUAUCCUAUGGACUUUCUUCAUUGUGUUUUACUAUGCUUAGAUGCGUUGACAUUGCUCAGUAAUUUGCCUCCUGUAUGAAUAGAGGCUUUCCUGCAGCAAACUGUUGAGUGGGGACUGUUACAUUAGGAAAGACAUCAGUUGGAACAUGUCCAGAAGAGGGUGACUAGUUGUAUUGGGGCCUACUCUACUCCUGGACAACCCUCUACUAUCCCAUCUCAUAGAGAGAAGACACUUCCAAAUAGAAAGUAUUGAACAAAAGGCCCUACAGUAAUUUUAAUAUGUCUGUUGUACUUGUAGCUUGCCUCGUAGAGUCUGGACAUUGGUUUAGAAGAGUUGAGUUGGAUCAAAGGUUUGGUUUGUGAGCAGAUUUUAGCCCUUUUGUUAUUUGUAUGAACUCAUGUUCAGGAGAUUCCUUAGAACAGGCUAUCUAUGAAAACAGACCCCAAAUCUGCCAUGGAGACUCAGAUGCUCUCCAUUUCCUUGACCAGUCCCUUCACCUAACUAAAAAUCUGAAAAAGAAGAUAACAGAUACUUUGCUUUACAUGGUCACAACAUCAGAGCCUUUGAAAAUCUAGAAAGCCAUCAUCGGAAUGGUCACUCAGUUGGUGGAGCCUCAAAUCUAGAAGACUUGGAAGCCUCUGGCAUCCCUCUAGUCACUCGUGUAAAGAAUAUCCUUGAAUAAAUCUUAUUUGGACACAUAA